AUGAGUGACUCCAAUGGAACCCUGCACUAUGAAUUCAGCAUUGUGGGUUUUCCAGGCCUGCAGGAGCACUACAUUGCACUCUUCAUCUUCUUCCUGAUCCUCUUCCUGGCCAUCAUCAUGGGUAAUAUGCUCAUCUUGGUGUUAGUUGCUCUGGACCACAGGCUCCACACACCCAUGUAUUUCUUCUUGUGGAACUUAAGUCUUCUAGAUAUUCUACUAACCAGUACUGUAAUACCAAAGCUUCUAGCAGUACUUUUGCGUCAUGACAACACCAUCUCUUUCUCAGGUUGUUUUGUACGAUUCCUUGUAGCAGCCAUGGCUUAUGACCGAUAUGCUGCAUUAGUAAAGCCUUUACAUUACAACACCAUCAUCAAUACCAAGAUCUGUAUCAUAAUGACUGUCACAGUCUGGGGGCUGGGCUUUCUGGCUCCUCUUCCAUCAACAGUAUUGGCAACUCAAGUCAAUUUAACCCUUUUAAUUGCCAUGUUUGCAAUUUAUGUCCCAUUUCUCUAUGUCUUAUGGACAUACUGCAGAAUUAUAGCAUCAGUAAUGAAAUUGAAAACUAUGGAGAGCCGUAAGAAGGCCUUCUCAAUGUGCUCUUCGCAUGUGAUGGUGGUAUUGCUUUACUAUGUGUCUGCUGCUGUGGUGUAUAUUGGUUUGAGAGUGGAAAAUAUCCACCCAGAAGGACGCAUUUUUAUUGGCACUGUGUACAAUUUCCUAACUCCUUUGCUCAACCCCAUCAUUUAUAGCUUAAGGAAUGAAAAAAUAAAGGCAGCAACUAAUCGAUACUUUAGAUUCCAGGCUCUCCACAGUGUAAAGAAUACUGUCAGCAUACAGUAG